AUGGGUGAGCGUAAAGGCACGAACAAGUACUACCCCCCGGAUUACGACCCUAAGGCCGGGGGGCUCAACAAAUUUCUGGGGACUCAUGCCCUCCGCGAAAGGGCCCGCAAAAUCCACCUAGGGAUUAUAAUCGUGCGAUUUGAGAUGCCCUACAAUAUCUGGUGCGAGGGCUGCAACAACCACAUAGGCAUGGGGGUGCGGUAUAACGCCGAGAAAACCAAACUUGGGAUGUACUACACCACUCCUGUAUACCAAUUUAAAAUGAAGUGCCACCUGUGUGACAAUCACAUUGUUAUAAAAACGGACCCUGGGAACCUUGAAUAUGUGAUAGUGUCAGGUGCCAGGAGACAGGAAAACAGGUGGGACCCCACACAGAAUGAGCAAGUGGUGCCGGAAACGAAGGAAACGCAGAAACGGAUGUUUGACGAUUCUAUGUUUAAAUUAGAACAUGGAAGUGAGGAUAAAAGUAGUUAUGAGAACUCAAAACCGCGGCUAAUUCAAUUAUUCAAUCGGAAUGAAUCAACUUGGUCUGAUAAUUAUUCGGCCAACCAGAGAUUAAGACAGAUAUUUAGGAAGGAAAAUUGCGAAUUGAAGAAAAUCGACGGCCAGAACACAGCUCUAUUAAAAAAAUCAAGCCUGGACAUUCCACUCUUAGCCGAGACUGAAGAAGACAAGAAAAUGGCAUCUUUAUUAACACUAAAACUGAAGCCCCAUACAGAUAUUGUUCAAAAUACUGAGCUACUCCGCAAACGGAUAAUAGCGAGUUCCUCUUUACCGACAUCAAAUUUUUCGUUAAAAAAGGAACUCAAAGCCGUCAAGAUCUUGAAAGAAACGCCCAAAAAAGACCUAGGAAUUGUAAAACGGUCAAGUUCGACCGCCCCAGCCAGUGCUACAAGUGAUAAGAAACCCAAACUAGUCAAUUUAGUUGGUUACGGUUCAGGGAGUGAUUCUUCCGACUAAUUUUUGUGAAUAAAUUGACAUUUGUGA